AUGAAUUUUGAAUUUGAGAGGGAGAUCGGGUUUAUCAACAGCCAGCCGUCCCUCGCCGAGUGCCUGACGACCUUCCCCGCCGCACUGGAGUCAUUUCAAACUUCAUCAAUCAAGGAGCAGACAGCAAUUCCUCCUCCCUUCGAGCACACCAUCCCCAGCCUCAGCCCUGCGUCGUGCGCGGCGAGACCAGCCAGGAGCUCUCACAACAACCGCAGGAUUACCGCCGCUUCUACCGCAGUCAGCAAUGGCCUCCAGAGCGCACACCACCGCCAGUACCCGGAGGGACAGGCCCCGAUCCCGGCUGCCUCCAUCAUCUCCACCCCGGCCCUGUGCGAGUUCCCAUGGAUGAAGGAGAAGAAGUCAUCCAAAAAGUGCACAAAACCUGGCGUUAGCAGCAGCGGUGGCGUCGGUAACAGCGCGGCUUCCAACGGGGCCGUCCUCCCCCCGGUGUCCUGCUCCCCCUCGCCCACCGCCUCUGGGUACCCCGCUUCGGCUGCAGACUCGCCCACAGAUGGAGGCUCGGGGCUGGAUGCAGCGGGCGCAGGCUCCCGCAGGCUGCGCACCGCGUACACGAACACGCAGCUGCUGGAGUUGGAGAAAGAGUUUCACUUCAACAAGUAUCUGUGCCGCCCGCGGCGGGUGGAGAUCGCGGCGCUGCUGGAGCUCACGGAGCGACAGGUCAAGGUCUGGUUCCAGAACCGCCGCAUGAAACACAAGCGGCAGACCACGCAUCGGGACAGCGGAGGAGGAGGCCCGGAGGCGGGAGAGGCCGCGGGCUUCGAGCCUCUGGAAGCGGCAGACGCGUCCUCUCCGUACUCCAGCCCGCCGCUCGAGGCGGCGGGCACUGCGGAGUCUGACGCGGAGCUGAGCGGCAGCAGUAAUCCAUCUUCCACCGCCACCUACGCCUCUGACAGCGGGGACAAAGCACAGCCCACACCGGAGGAGGGCCCAGGCCGCCAGGGCCACGCUGUGGCUGACCGCCCACCGCCUGCGGCCGCGGGGGAGGACAGGACUACUCUGCUGCCCGCGGACACGGCGCUCUCACACCGGGACUCUGCUCUGGGAGACUCCGCUCUCUCGAACCAAGACAGCGUGUCUCUGCUGCCCGCAGACGCCUCCCUCCAUCCCGCAGAGAGCAGUGCUUCCUCCGCGGUGCUCCCGGAGCUCACCUUCCUGUCCGCGGACACGUGCCUGUCCCCGGGGCUGGACAGUCCCGUGGACUUCACGGAGGAGGACUUUGACCUGUUCACGCGCACACUGUGCACCAUAGACCUGCAGCAUCUCAACUUCUGA